AUGUCCGAAGGCGAGCAUCCAAUUCACGGGCCUCCUGAGGUAUUGGUAAGAAAAGCCGCAAAAGCAGCUUGGCCUCCUCCCUGGUCUCCAGACGAGGCGCUUCUUGAAGCUUGCUCAGCCGGAAACAUAUCCAAAGUCAAAUACCUCGACGCCAUCGACACGACAGCCUACAAUCGUCAAGAAGGACUACUCCAGCUUCUGCAUGAAGCCACCGAAAAGCAACAAGUAGCCGUUGUCGACUAUCUCCUCCAGCACACCUUCUCGACCAACUUCUCCGCCGACAUGAUCAUAUCUGCCUGCUCCGCCGGCCUCGACAUCUAUAAGCUGUACCAUACUAAGCAGCCGCAAAUCAUCAACUGGGGCUGCGGCCCCAACGUUUUCAGUAGUACAGUCUGCUGGGCAGUCCGAGGGUGCAACUCCAAGUUUCUUUCAUACUUGCUCAGAAACGGCGCCGGCCCUGGAUGGUUCGUAGAGAACUCCUCUCGAACAUUCAACCACUACCUGCCGAUUGAGUGGACGGUGUUGCAGCUCCAAGACGAGCCGGGCCACAAGGACCGCCCUUGCCACGAACUUUUACGAGAUUAUGCUGCCACUGCCAUCUAUCGUGAUUACAAACCGAUACUGAAGCUCCUUCUAGAGUACGAGAUCCUGAGGACGUUAGUGGAGGCAGGUGGAGAUGUCAACAAUAUGCUAGAUCUAGACAAUUUCCACAACCACGCCCGUCCGUUCAAAGAGAUUCCAAGGUUGUACGGAACAGCACUGAGCUAUGCUGCGUCGAACGGUCAUGCCGAAGCCGUGAAAUAUCUCUUGAAUCAUGGCGCGGAUGCGACCAAGUGUGAUAGUCUUGGGGUGAAAGCUAUCGAGAGAGCCCAGGAAUAUGAUCAUCCGGAAGUGGUCGCGCUGAUUGGGACGUACGAGUCUGAAAGGAAUGAAUGACAUUGUCUGACAUCAGAGCUAAUAGCUCUCUUAUCUUUUUUCGAAUGAGGUGUCUGAUACGGCCUAGGGAGUAUUGUGAAAAUCUGGGUGUAUGUACACCUUGCGGAAAGACUUAGUAAUUGUUUCUUUAUAUUGAAAACUGGGGCAUUCUUGUACGAGAAAUUAAACCCUAGGCAAUAUGCAUGCUUCGAUUUCAUUUAUACCGGCCUUUUAUGCUUCACCAGAAAGUUGUAGCACGUACCAUGUGCAGUCUUUUCUUUACUGGCUCCUGCUCGCAGGAUCAACAGUGAGGGAAAUAAGAAAUGCAUAUGAUGACUAGCUCAUUCGUCUCGUAUUAUGUUUCAGUAGCGGACGUAUCCUUCGAUGAUAG